AGUAAAUAUAUAAAUUGUUUAACUAAUGAUUCACAUACUUCGUCUAUGGUCAAUAAAUUUAUAAACCGUUUAAAAUCUUAAAUAAGAACUUUCGUCUAAAUUUGAACGAAUAGUUUCACAAUAUUUAGGCGCCGAGUUAAUGUCAGUCAUUAAAUAGGAAAAAUAUAUAUUUGUAAAAUCUCACCGAAUGAAUUUUAAGUAAAUCCAACGUUUCGCCUGGCAAUCUGGUCCAAGCUUUGAAGUCGAUGUUCAUGUAUAAAAUUUUCUUUUCUACUGCAGUGGUUUGUGCUCUUGGCAUUUUCGGUUUCAUAUUCUUAUCAAUGAAUAUAGAAGGAUAUCCGUUUUUGAUAAGUAUCUCUUUUAAAAAACUCAAUUCUUCCUCUACGACCUCAGGGCUACAGAUUCUUCGUAUUCUUGUGGCGAGAGUGAUUAUUAAGUUUCUUUUUCGGCUGAUAGGAACCCAACUGUGGAAAUUUGAUAGCUGGCCAUUCAAAGGCGACAGAGCCGCACAUAUCUUAAAGAGGAGAAUUUCAGAUUCCUUAAAAAGAACAUUUUUCGCAGCAACAUUGCGAAUAUUAUUCUCCAGCCGAUCACUGUUCGCCAAUAAUCUGAAAGAUAAAUUAUCGCAUCUGACCAAUUCAAUGUGCAUUUACCAAUUUACCUGCUCUUGUGGAGCUAGGUAUAUAGGUCGUUCGAUGCGUACUUUAUCCAAAAGAAUUCAAGAACAUUGUCCGGCGUGGCUAAGAAGAGGAGGCAGCGGUUCAAUAAGAAGUUCUAUAAUCGAACACCUUGUGAACACAGGUCACUCAAUCAAGACAGACUCUGCGUUCAAAGUCAUCUACAAGGUAAGUAGAAACCUUCCUAAGACAAUUAGACUACAUCUCCUUUGCAUUGCCGAGGCAAUAGCCAUACAUUUUGAAAAACCAGAAUUAUGUGUACAAAAGAGACUGGUACAACCUCUUCUUUUACCGUGGUCUUAAUGUAUUAAAAUUUUUUUUCUCUUUCUCAUUACUCUUGUUCUUUUACAGCCACCUGCUUCACCUUCCAUCUUCCCUUCAAAUCUUGUACCCCCAACCGGUUUGUUUUUAUUUCAACGAUCAUUCCGAUUACAUUUCAUCUCUGUUUCAACAUUUUAUGUUAUUUUAUCAUGCUGCGCUACUCUUACCCGAUGACUAUCUAAGCCAUUAUCUAUCAAACCUUCCUUGUUUCUAAAAAAAAUUUUUCUAAUACCUUUGUUUAUUUAACCUCACUGUCACCAUGUAUAUCAUAAGUUUAUUAUCAGUAUUAUUAUCACCCUGUAAAAAUAAGUAUAUAUAUUUGCGAUUGUACAGCUUUGAAAAUGAAUUCGCCGAA